CUUGGCGGUCUCCACCAAGGGAGUCUCGCCAAGCACCAUUUGCAAGUCCUAUUCCCCCUUCCUGGGGUCAAAUCUUGCUUAUCGGGGGUUCUUACGCUGACGGCUGACUAGCAGACACCACGCGACGUCCGGGGAGGGGGGCGAAUGUCUGCGAUGCAUAUAUGUUUGAACAUGUAGCCCGCCUCGCUUUCCUGGCUGCCAGUAUACUGGCCUCCAUCUCUCUUACGAGUCGCUCAAACUCCCGAACGACGCAAUGGGUGUCCCAGAAGACCAAAAGGAGCCAAUGGGCAUCUCGUCUGCUCAGUCAACAUCCGAAACCCAUGUUGGCGUGGGCGAUGUGAAGGUCACUGGUGGCGGCGGCCUUGAGCGACGAGCCGAGUACGAAACGCAACGAGGCCUCUCACCUCGACAUGUGCAGCUCAUGGCCAUCGGUGGAUCGAUUGGCACCGGGCUCUUCGUCGGCAUUGGCAGCGUGCUAUCUCAAGCAGGUCCACUGUCGCUUGUCCUUGGUUACCUCUUCUGGGGUAUAUUGUUUGUGUGGCCGUGCUACCUGUGCGUGGCCGAGAUGUGCACCUUUCUACCUAUCCGAGGAACGAUAUUCGAACUUGCAUCUCGGUUUGUCGAUCCGGCCCUUGGUUUUGCAAUGGGUUGGACAUACUUUUUUGCGGGGACCAUGUUGGUCUGUGUUGAAUACAGCGCUGUGGCCACGGUCAUACAAUUCUGGAACACCGAUAUCAACCCGGCGGCUUGGAUUGCUCUCGCAAUGGGGAUAUGUGUGUUCUUAAACAUCGUGGGGGUCCGGUGGUAUGGCGAAAGCGAAUUUGUCAUGGCCUCACUCAAAGUCCUGCUUCUUUUUGGGCUUGUAAUACUCACAAUCGUGACAAUGUCGGGCGGAAAUCCACAGAAAGAUGCCUACGGCUUCAGGAAUUGGGGUGAUGGAAACUAUAUGAUCCCAUAUUAUGCCGAAGGAUCCACUGGUAGAUUUCUCGGAUGGUGGUCCGUGGUGAUCUACGCCGGAUUCACCAUCGCGGGCCCUGAUAUGCUCGCCAUCUCGGCCGGAGAGAUCCAAAACCCACGUCACACUAUCCCACGUCUCGCAAAGCUCAUCUUCUAUCGGCUCGUCGGAUUCUACGUCGUUGGUGUCCUCGCUGUGGGCAUCAUCUGUUCCCCCAAGGACGAGCGCCUUAUGGGAGCCAUUGAGGGUUCCGGGUCUGGAGCGGCCGCAUCUCCAUGGGUUAUUGGGAUCCAGAAUCUGGGCAUUACUGGGUUGCCCAGUCUGAUUAACUUUCUGAUUCUGACUUCUGGAUUAUCGUGUGGAAAUGCUUAUCUUUAUUCCGCCUCGCGUACUCUGUACGGUCUCGCACGAGAUGGGCAAGCUCCCAGAUUUCUCCUUAUCUGCACGAAGGCUGGAGUACCUAUUUACUGCGUCGCGGCUGUAUCCCUGAUCACAUGUAUCACUUUUCUGGUAUCAUCGAACUCGACUGUCACGGUCUUCUAUUGGUUUGUCGACCUUACAACCACCGCUCUUAUUGCGACAUAUACCGGUAUGCUGUGGACCUUUAUCGGCUGGUACAGAGCAAGAAUGGCACAGCCCAACGCGGUGCCCCUGACGGCACUACCCUACGUUGCGCCUCUGACCCCUGGGGCCGCAUAUUUCGCCUGCGGCUUGGGGUGCUUUACUCUGUUGUUCAUCGGAUACGACGUAUUCGCGCCGUUUGACUACCAGACAUUCAUAACAGACUACUUCGCAGUUGCGUUUGGUCCUUUCAUGUUUUUGCUCUGGAAAGUUGUCAAGCGGACACGAUUUGUGUCCCCGGCCGAGGCGGACUUGCUCAGCGGCAAGGACCAAUGUGACGAGGAAUGCAGGAUCUGGGAAGACGGUGGAGUGGAGGAGAACGUCAGGGCGCGUUUGCAAGAAAUGAAUGUCUUCAGGAGAGCCUGGGAAAAGUUGUGGUAG